CGCAGUCCGCUGAAUUCCUCGUCCCUCCUCUUGCGACAGGUUUUCAGCUAGUAUUCAUAACAAACAGGCCGGAGUCUUCGUGUACGCGUACAUCCGUGUCGUUUGCUAGAUUUUUUAGUUCCUACGAAAACACACAAUUUUAUGUUUUACGCAGCCUAAUAAUGCAGGAAAACACUUGUCUGUAAACGUAAAGAGGCACGCAUGAGUAUUGUCAUUUUUAUGGACUUCAUCAUGGUGUUCAACAAGAUUCAUACCAGGUUUUGGCUACUCUUCUGCUCACUCCUUUUUUCUGUUUAUGGAGAAAUCUCCAGACCACAUUUCAUGGUGACAUUUCCUGCAGUCAUAGAGUCAGGCUCUGAGGCCACAUUUUGUGUGAGUCUCCUGCAGCCUAAUGAGACUCUGCAAAUGGACAUUUCUCUGAUUCACAAGGAUCAAAACAGAAUUUUUUUUCAAGAGACAGUCGAAAAGGAGUUUCACCAGUGCUCUCAGUUUAAGGCUCCAAGGAUUGAGGGUGAAUCAGUGCAGGAGAUCAAAGUAGAAAUCAGAGGUGAAAACUUUAAGAUGACCAAAAAGACAAAAAUGAUGUUUAAAUCCUAUUACACAAAUGUAUUUAUUCAGACUGAUAAGCCCAUCUAUAAUCCAGGCCAAACAGUACAUUUUCGAAUUGUCACUAUGGAUUCAAAUUUUAUUCCUCUUGAACAAAAGUACAGCACAAUAAUAAUUGAGGAUAAUAAUGAUAAUAGGAUUGGUCAGUGGACAAAUGUGACCUCAACAAGACUGAUACUGCAGCUUUCACAUGACCUGAAUGCUGAGGCUCCACUGGGACAGUAUCAGAUAAUUGCUAAUGCUGAAGGAAAAUUAUUCACACACUAUUUUGAGGUGAAAAAAUAUGUUUUGCCCAAGUUUGAGAUUAUAGUUACAUCACCAAAAGAACAUAGUGUUGGUGAGGAGGAACUGAAACUGGAGAUUUGUGGAAGGUACACUUAUGGACAGCCAGUAGCUGGUGCAGCACUGGUUCAAGUCUGUCUUAAAUUAAUAGAGAACUAUCUUAAUGAGAACAGCCCAAUGAUUGCACCAUGCCUGGACGAAAGAGUGGAGAUAAGUCAGAAUGGUUGUGCCUCACUUAUAUUGAAUAUGUCAACCUUAAUUGUCUCUGAAUUUGAAGAUAAUUUUGAGACUAGUCUUAAUGCUACUAUUACACUGACAGAGGAAGGAACAGAAUUGUCCAUAGUAAAAUCUGUAAUCAUAGAACUCACCUACCAAAUUGGUAAAGUGGAAUUUGUGGAUUUACCAACACACUUUGAACGGGAAAGAGUUAUAGAAGGAAUUAUUAAUGUUACUACCUUCAGUGGAGCACCAAUUCCUAACAAAAAAGUGUAUGUUUUAGAAGGUGAAGGUUCGUCCAAAAAGUUACUACUUAAUCUUACUACAGAUAUCAGUGGAUUAGCAAAGUUCUCUGUCGCUCCACCUGAACAUCCUACAACAGAGAUUUCAUUGCAGGCAAGCGUCUAUCCAGUGGAAAAAUACUACGGGUACAAAACACCAUUCUUUACAAAUGCUGAUACACGUAUACGUCUGCUCCAACCUGCCACACCGUACAGUCCAGUGUUCAGUGAACUAAAAAUAGCGAGCUCAAAGGAACCAUUUAAGUGUGGUGCUGAAGUUCCCAUAACUAUAAAUUACUAUAUUGUUGGAGAAACUACUGAGCAUUUCAGCAUUGAUCUUAUAUACAUAGUCUUAUCUAAAGGACUCAUAGUACAUCAUGGGCAUGAGAAGGUGGAUGUGAAAGGCUCUUCAGAUAUUCGAAGAGGGGAAAUUUCAUUCACAUUGUCAGUUGCUGCUGAGUUUGCUCCAGUUGUGCAGGUUGUGGUGUACUCUGUCCUGCCCAGUGAGAACGUCAUCGCUGCUAACAAGAAUUUUGAGGUGGAAAAAUGUUUUAAAAAUCAGGUUUCGCUACAGUUCUCUCCCUCCAAGGCAGUUCCUGGUGAGAAGAACACUUUCAAACUCUCAGCUCAUCCUGGUUCUUUGUGUGGCCUCAGUGUUGUAGAUCAGAGUGUGUUCAUCUUGGAUUCUGAGAACCGUCUAAAUGCAAACAAGAUUUUUGACUUGUUGCCAGUAACAUCUGUGUCAGGUUAUCCCUACUUGGUUGAAGAUCAACUGGAAUGCUUGCAUGUUAAACCCCAACAUGAUAUAUUUCCUUUGCUGUCAGGGACAUCAGAAUCAAUUGAUGGUUUUAGGGAAUACAGGCAUGUUGGCUAUCUGCAAGAUGAACAGAUUGACAAAGCUUACAAUGCAAUUAAGGGAGUUGGGUUGAAGAUGAUAACAGACUUGGCUGUUCGAGCACCUCACUGUUUGAUAUACAGAGGUCUGCGGUAUGAUCGCACAGAUAGACAUAGGGAAUUUCUAUAUUACGAUUACUUAGUUGGAAAGUCAUCACCAAAUUUUGGACUCACAAAGACAGUUCGCAAAUUUUUCCCAGAAACAUGGAUUUGGCAGCUGUCUGAAGUGGGAGACUCUGGAUCAGUAGAACUUCCUGUCACUGUUCCUGACACCAUCACUACUUGGGAGACAGAGGCUUUCUGUGUGUCCUCUGUAGGUCUGGGACUCGCUCCUCCUGUUCAGCUCACUGUAUUUCAGCCAUUCUUCCUGGAGCUCUCGUUGCCCUACUCUAUUAUCCGAGGAGAGGUUUUUGAGUUGAAGGCCACUGUCUUCAAUUACCUUUCCAAAUGUAUUAUGGUUAAAAUGACUCCAGCAGCUUCUACAGACUACACUCUGGAACCUUUUCCUCAAGACGAGUAUUUUUCAUGCCUGUGUGCAAAUGGAAGAAAAACUUUUAAAUGGACUCUGAUUCCCAUUGUUCUUGGAGUCGUGAAAGUGACGGUGAGUGCAGAAGCAGAACAAUCUCAGACUUUGUGUGACAAUGAGAUUGUGAGUGUUCCAGAGAGAGGCCGCAUUGACACGGUUACACGGAGCCUAAUUGUACAGGCUGAAGGAACUGAAAUGAUGAAGAGUCAGAGCUGGUUAUUAUGCCCCCAAGGGAACAGUGUUUCAGAAGAGUUGCAGCUCAUUCUUCCUGAGAACAUAAUACAAGGGUCAGCACGAGCUUCGGUUUCAGUACUUGGAGACAUGCUUGGCCGUGCGUUGAAACAUCUGGAUGGGCUGCUUAAGAUGCCUUAUGGUUGUGGAGAACAAAACAUUGCACUUCUCGCCCCCAAUAUCUAUAUUCUACAGUAUCUAGAGAACACAGAGCAGCUCACUGCAGCAAUUCGUGAGAGGGCUACUGGUUUCCUUAAGAGUGGAUACCAGAGGCAACUUAACUAUAAACAUAUAAAUGGUGCAUAUAGUACAUUUGGCAGGGGAGAGGGGAACACAUGGUUAACUGCAUUUGUCUUGAGGACAUUUGGCAAAGCACAAGGUUACAUCUUUAUUGAUCCAGAAAGCAUCAACAGUGCAAAGAAAUGGCUGCUAAGUAUGCAAAGAUCAGAUGGCUGUUUUAUACAACAGGGAAGUCUCUUUAAUAACAGAAUGAAGGGUGGUGUAAAUGAUGAUGUGACCAUUACUGCUUAUAUCAUUGCAUCGUUUCUUGAAUUGGGCAUUACAGUGCAGGAUCCUGUUGUGAAUAAUGGACUCUUGUGUCUAAAAUCUUUUGUUGAUAAACUGGAAAACACCUACACCACUGCACUGUUGGCCUACACUUUCAGCUUGGCUGGAGAGAUUGAAAUUCGAAAGCAGUUACUAAAAAAGUUGGAUAAUGUCGUAGUUCAAGGAGAUGGUCGUCUUCACUGGUCUCAGUCAGCAUCAGAUGACUCCGACUCAUUGUCAGUGGAAAUCAGUUCCUACGUGCUGCUAGCAGUUCUCACUACAGGUGAACUCACUGCUGCUGAUUUGGGAUAUGCUAAUAGGAUAGUCAGCUGGCUGGUGAAGCAGCAAAAUCCUUAUGGAGGCUUUUCAUCCACUCAGGACACGGUUGUGGCCCUCCAGGCUCUGGCACUUUACUCCACUAAGGUGUUCAGCUCAGACGGCUCUAGCACAGUAACUGUAACAUCAGCAGAUGGAGACAGUCACAACUUUGAUGUGAACCAGAACAAUAAGUUACUGUACCAAGAAAGUUCACUGAAGGAUGUUCCUGGGAAAUACAGCAUUGAUGUGAAGGGGUCAUCCUGUGUGUCAGUGCAGACAGCUCUUUUCUUCAAUGUCCCCACACCUACUAAAACCAGUACACUAAGUAUCAUAGCCAAGGCUGAGGGAAACUGCACAGUAUCUUUUAAACAAACUUUGUCACUCAAAUUCACCAUCACAUAUAACGGGGCACUAAACAGCACUAACAUGAUCAUUAUGGACAUAAAACUCUUAUCAGGGUUCACAGCAGAUCCUGCUGAACUGAAAAAAGGCAUUUUGGUGGAACGAGUUGAUUCCAGAGAUGAUCAUCUUAUCAUGUACAUCAAAGAGCUUACAAAGAAUACUCCUAUCAACUAUGAGCUACACAUGAAACAGGUGCUUCCUGUCAAAAAUCUCAAGCCAGCAGUGAUCAAAGUUUAUGAUUACUACCAAACAAGUGACAAGUCUGAGACGGAGUACACCUCGCCCUGUGUGUAGGAUUUAAACAUUGCAUUUGAAGAUGCAGAAAAUCCUUUGUCUAUCUGCUUUAUACUGACUUUAUUCUCUGUUUUAGGUGUUAAGAUCAACAUAAACCCACAAUACACACGAUAGUUUUGUUGAAGCUACUGACAGAAUAAUCAUAGUACAUAAUGUGAAUCAGAUUUCUUCUAGUAAAGCUUUAGGAUUCACUAAAUAAAUGGCUAACCCAACAUGGCUUAAUAGAAAAUAAAAGAACAUGAAGCAUUAAA